ACGUGUGUUACAGCAGGGGACACUCAGGAGACAAACAGGAGACAAACAGGACAGCAGAUGCUCCAUGGAAAAUCCCCAUUCUGCCAAGUCACUGUGAUGCUGCUGCUGGUUUGAGAGGAAACAGCUGCAGGAAGCUGCAGUAAAAGGGACUGUCUCUGUCUCCGCUGUUUGUCUCUUGGUGAGGACAUCUGAGGACACGAUGCUGCUUCUGGAAACAGGUCGUAACAUCACUUUAUUGGCUUUAUUUUAUUUUAAUAUUUUAUGCACAUUAGAGUGUAAAUUGGCUGCACACACAUAUUUCUGACACAAGGCGUCGCUGUGGUUCUGGUUAUCCAAGGUAUCUAUUUAGCUUUGUUCCCUUUAAAUUACUUCAGAAAUUAAACCAAAUUUGUGUUUUUUUGUAUUUGUUGCACAUUAUUCAGAGUUAAAACUGGUCAUUGUGGCUUCAUAUGAGUGGAAAAAUGUCUGUUAAUAAGGAGAACUAAAUUAGUGUUUAUUAAUAUAUUUUUUUUACAACAAAGUAGAUUUUUAUUGUAUUUGUUCAUCAGAAGAUUAGAGUUGAUUCCGUGUUGAUUUUUGACCUGUUUUGGUGGAUUUAGUGAGAAAUAAAAGCUUCUUCCUCUCCCACAUCUGAGGAACAGUUAUUUUCUCGGACUGAACCAUAAAGUUUACAUGGAGGGGUGCUCGGGUUUUAUUUAAAUGUGUUUUAUUUUAACUGAAUGAUGAAUACGUUUUAUGUUCUGUAUAUUAAAUAUUUACCCGAGUAGUAUCAAAUAAUCUGUAUUUUACUAAAAUAAAACCCGUUCGGUUGUUGGGUAAAUGUUUAGUUUCUGUAAACCCCCCUGUCUCCGGAGUUGGGUCGUCCGUUUAGCUGACUUUUUUUUUUUUCUCUUUUCGACAAAAACCGCUUUUGUUCGGCUCUUUAAAGCAGCUAGCUUAACGCGAGGCUAAUCUCGGUCUUUAUCUUUAAAUUAAGUCUGAUUGAUGUAUUUUUAACAGGAUGCUGUAAAGUGAAAAUGGAAGUGUGUGUGGGUAUUUUUUUAUGUGUGGUAAAAGUUAAACCCUGCUGCUGAUCUCGCGGGCCUUCGUAGCGGGGUUCGGUGUCGGUCCGGGGGAAGACUCCUUUCAGCCGGCCGGGAGCCAGCGGUCAGCCGGUGGACGCCUCCUCCUCCAGCCCCGGACAAUGUUGAUGUGCUCCUGUGAAAAACUGGAUUUCAACAUCACGUCCCGGACCGUGGCCCGGCUGGUGUUCGAGGCCGAACAGGACGGCAGAACCGCAGGGAACUCAUCCAAUGGGAGCACGGCCAGCAACUCUCCACGCAGCACCCCGGGCAGCUCCCCCUCGCUGCGGCGCAGGGUCCUGGGGGGCGGCAAGGCCAGCGAGAGCGAGGGGGGAGGAGAGAAGAGCAGCGGAGGAGGAGGAGGAGGUUCCGACAGCCCCCUGCCCUCCCUACCCUCGGCCUCCUCGCUGUCGUCCGCCUACCCGCUGGCGUCGCGCCACUUCAGCCGUAACGCCAAGAAAGUGCAGAGUUGGUACAAUGUUCUCAGUCCCACGUACAAACAACGAAAUGAAGAUUUUCGUAAAAUCUUUAAGAAACUCCCCGACUCAGAGCGACUCAUCGUAGAUUACUCCUGCGCGCUGCAGAAGGACAUCCUGCUUCAGGGUCGCCUCUAUCUGUCGGAGAACUGGUUGUGUUUCUACAGCAACAUCUUCCGCUGGGAGACCACGAUCACCAUCCUGCUGAAAGACGUCACCUCCAUGACCAAGGAGAAGACGGCCAAGCUCAUCCCCAACGCCAUCCAGAUCAGCACCGAGAACGACAAGCACUUCUUCACAUCGUUCGGGGCGAGGGACCGCAGCUUCAUGAUGAUUUUCCGCCUGUGGCAGAACGCUCUGCUGGACAAGUCUCUGUCUCCCAAAGAGCUGUGGCACAUCGUGCACCAGUGCUACGGCACCGAGCUGGGCCUGACGAGCGAAGACGACGACUACGUCUCGCCCACCGGUGAACACAUGAACGGCCUGCUGCCUGCAGACGACUCGGUGUCGGUCACGGACCUGCUGGACCUGAGCUCCGUGUCGGUUCUUUCCACCGGCAGCUCCCCGCCCCCCCUGGUCCCCUGCGGUCUGGUUAGCCCUCCGUCGAGCGCCAGCCUCGGCGGGACCACUCCUCCCUCCUCCUCCUCCUCCUCCUCCUGUCAGCCCGUGGAGGUGCCCUCCUCGUCGGGGAGCAGGAUCAGCUCAGAACCGGUGGAGCCCAGUCCCCCCAGCUCGCAGAGCCCCCCGCCCUCCACCGCCCCUGCCAACGCCUCGGCUUCAGCUGCUGCCGCCUCCUUCACUCUGGAGGAUGUAGCAGCAGGAGGAGGAGCAGCGGACAGUCCGCCUGAGUCGACCAAUCAAAUGCUGCCCCCGCCCACCACCAGUCUGGGAAACCUCUCCUCAUUGGACAUCACCAACGAUGAGGAGCUGCCCACCGACCCGAGCAACUCUUCAGACACGCAGGAGGAGAGUAGGUUAAGAUCCUCAGGUGAGGUGGAGGCGUUCUGCUCUGACCUCAGUGGACGUCUUAACAUCAACGCUGUGUUCAGGAUGAGUGUGGACAAACUGCACGACCUGCUGUUCUCCACUGACACCCACUUCCUGCAACACCUGUUCACCCAGAGACACUUCACAGACCUGUCGGUGGGGGACUGGCAGCAGGACGCAGGAGACAGUGGGACCACCAGUCGGGUCCUGAGUUACACCAUCACCCUCAACAACCCCCUCAGCCCGAAGACGGCCCCCGUGGUGGAGACACAGACGUUACACAGAAGUUGUUCUCGAGGUGAGUGCUACGUGGUGGACUGUGAGGUCAUCACCUCGGGGAUCCCCUACCAGGACUACUUCUACACGGUCCACAGAUACUGUCUGACUUCUGUCAACAAACACAAGAGCCGGCUCAGGGUGUCCUCAGAGAUCUGCUACAGGAAGCAGCCAUGGAGUUUAGUCAAAGCUCUGAUUGAGAAGAACACCUGGAGCGGCAUCGAAGAAUAUUACAGACACAUGGAGAACGAGGUGUGUAAGCUGGAGACGCUGCUGCAGUCCGACGUCACCGUGGUGACUGCGGGCGAAGCCAUGGGCGCCUCGGCCAAGACUCCGCCCUCUCUGCGGCGCAGGAAACGCCACUGCUCCCGGAGGCAGAGCGAGAAGGAGAGGGAGGGGGGCGGAGCCGACCCCGGGAGCCGAGGAGACCGAGGAGUCGGGGAGGAGAGGGACCGCAGGGACACCA